GCUGUGAACAUCAUCUUCUUCAUCCUCAUCACCACAGCUGCUUGUUUCACUCAAACAGGAUCUUUUGUCCGUUUUGUGGAGGGGGGGAAAAACAAAACACUUUUUAUUCCUCGAUGCUUCCAUCCUGAACAGAUUUGAUGGAAAAAGAUCAGAUGGAUGCGCGUCAAAGGACUUUGGAAAUGCGCACUUCUAGUAAAAAAUAAGGAAUAUUUUAUUUAUUUAUUUUUUUGCACUUUAAAAAUGAUUGUGUUGCUUUUCUUGCUCUCCGUGCCGGGGGGCGCGCUCUGCCAGCUGCGCUACUCGGUAGCGGAGGAGCAGGACCCCGGGACCGUGGUGGGGAAUAUCGCGGACGACUUGGGUCUGGACAUCACCAAACUUUCCGCGCGGCGCUUCCAGACGGUGCCCAGCUCGCGGACUCCCCACCUGGACGUCAACCUGGAGAACGGCGCGCUUUUGGUGAAGGAGAAAAUCGACCGGGAGGACAUUUGCAAGCAGACGACUCCGUGCCUUUUGCACCUGGAAGUGUUCCUGGAGAACCCGCUGGAGCUUUUCCGCGUCGAGAUCGAAGUGAUGGAUAUCAACGACAACCCUCCCGCCUUCCCGGAGGCGGACAUUUCCGUGGAGAUAUCGGAGAGCGCCAUCCCCGGGACGCGCUUCCCGGUGGAGAACGCCUUCGACCCGGACGUGGGCGCCAACGCGCUCGGCACCUACGCCAUCACCAACAACAACAAUUUCUACCUGGACGUGCAGACGCAAAGCGACGGGAACAAGUUCGCCGAACUGGUGCUGGAGAAGCCGCUGGACCGGGAGCAGCAGGCCGUGCACCGCUACGUCCUCACCGCGGUGGACGGCGGCGACCCGCAGCGCACCGGCACCGCGCUUUUGGUCGUCAAAGUUCUGGACUCCAACGACAACGCGCCCACUUUCGACCAGUCCGUGUACGCUGUGGACUUGCUGGAAAACUCCCCGCUGGGCACGGAAGUCAUCCAACUUAACGCCACCGACGUGGACGAGGGAGAAAACGGAGAGAUUGUUUAUUCCUUCAGCAGCCACAACGCGCCGAGGAUUAAAGACUUGUUCAGCAUCGACGCCCGAACCGGCAGAAUCGAAGUGGCGGGCGAGGUGGACUACGAGGAGUCCGGUACGCACCAGAUUUACGUACAAGCGAAGGACUUGGGCGCCAACGCGGUCCCGGCGCAUUGCAAAGUGCUCGUUAAACUCCUGGACGUGAACGACAACACCCCGGAAAUCAGCUUCAGCACCGUGACCGAGUCCGUCAACGAGCAGGACGCCCCCGCCGUCAUCGCGCUUUUCAGCGUCUCGGACCGGGACUCUGGUGAGAACGGCUUAAUGAGCUGCGAGAUCUUAGGAGACGUCCCCUUCAAGCUGAAGUCCUCCUACAAGAACUACUACACCAUCAUGACGGACGGUCCGCUGGACCGGGAGACCACCGAGUCGUACACCAUCACGGUGGUGGCCAAGGACAAAGGCCAGCCGUCCCUCGCCAGCAGUAAGUCCAUAAAAGUGCACGUUUCUGAUGAAAACGACAACGCGCCGCGUUUUACUCAGGCGGUUUACGACGUGUACGUGACCGAGAAUAACGUGCCGGGCGCCUUCAUCCACGCCGUGAGCGCUUUGGACCCGGAUGUGGGACAGAACGCGCUCAUCACCUACUCCAUAUUGGAGUGUGACAUCCAGGGCAUGUCCGUGGACACCUACGUGUCCAUCAACCAGGACACGGGUUAUUUGUACGCGCUGCGCUCCUUUGAUUACGAGCUGCUCAAAGAGUUCAGCUUCACGGUGCAGGCCAAGGACUCGGGCACCCCGGAACUCUUCUCCAACGCCACCACCAACGUGAUCAUCGUGGACCAGAACGACAACGCCCCCGCCGUCAUCGCGCCGGUGGGCAGGAACGGCACCGCCAGGGAGCACCUGCCCCGGUCCGCCGAGCCCGGGUACCUGGUGACCCGCGUGGUGGCCAUGGACGCGGACGACGGCGAGAACGCGCGGCUGUCCUACAGCAUCCUGCGGGGCAAUGAGAUGGGGAUGUUCCGCAUGGACUGGAGGACUGGGGAACUGAGGACCGCACGCCGGGUCUCGCCCAAGCGGGACCUUCAGGGUCACUACGACAUUUUGAUCGAGGUGCGGGAUCACGGCCAGCCGCCUUUGUCGUCGUCCGCCAGCGUUAGCGUGAUUUUAGUGGACAGCGUGGUGGAAGGGCGGAGCAACGACCGCGGCUCCACCUCCAAGGCCAAGGAGACCUCUCUUGACCUGACCCUCAUCCUCAUCAUCGCUUUGGGGUCCGUGUCCUUCAUCUUCCUGCUGGCCAUGAUCGUGCUGGCGGUGCGUUGCCAGAAGGACAAGAAGUUGAACCUUCACACCUGCUUGCUCGACUGCUGCUUGUGUUGCGGCUCCUGCUGCGGCCGCCAAGCUCGCAGCCGCAAGCAGAAGAAGCUGAGCAAGUCCGACAUCAUGUUGGUCCAGAGCGCCAACGUGACCUCGGGGGCGGGGGGCCCGGUGGGGCAGGUCCCAGUGGAGGAGUCCGGGGUGGGCGGCGUGGGGGGCGGGUUUGGCUCCCACCACCACCAGAACCAGAACUCUUACUGCUACCAAGUGUGUCUGACGCCAGAGUCGGCCAAAACCGACCUGAUGUUCCUGAAACCCUGCAGUCCCUCACGCGGCGCCGACGUCGACCACGCCAAUCCCUGCGGCACCCUGGUCGGCAGUUACAGCGACCAACAACCUGACAUCAUUUCGAACGGCAGCAUUCUGUCAAAUGAGAAUAAACACCAGCGGUCGGAGCUCAGCUACCUGGUGGACAGACCGAGACGUGUGAACAGUUCGGCAUUCCAAGAAGCAGACAUUGUCAGCUCUAAGGACAGCGGUCACGGUGAUAGCGAACAAGGCGACAGCGAUCACGACGCCACCAACCGGGGCCUCACUGCUGGUGCUGACCUGUUCUCCAACUGCACAGAGGAGUGCAAGGCCCUGGGCCACUCGGACCGCUGCUGGAUGCCGUCCUUCGUCCCCUCUGACGGGCGCCAGGGGCCGGACUACCGCAGCAACCUCCACGUCCCCGGGAUGGACGCCACGCUACCAGACACUGAGGUACCCGCCUCUAUCGACCUUCCCGAAGUGGCCUUGACCUCGACCAACGAUAGGUCAUUCUCCACCUUUGGCAAGGAUGGUCUCAGGUCACAGUCACACAACAGCCUUCACCAUCACCUCCAUCAGCAACAGCAGCAGUACAGCACCAGCACGCUAGAGAGGAAAGAGUAUGAUAGGGGGACGCUUCCGUACAAACCCACCUUUCUCUCCCGCAAGAGGAUUUGCUAGCUCGUUCCACGUGGACCUGUCAGAGACAGCGUGAAGUUGAGCAAUCGGCCGCCAAUACUGAUCAUAGAGACCUCAGACUCGAUAACAGAACUUUGGAGUACGACAACUCUGGAUAAGUGUCCCUCUUCUCUUGGGUGGCAAACGCCGUGAGACAAAACCUCGGCUCUGGACGCCAAUAAAGAAGAGAGGUAGCGGUAAAGAAUUGAGAGGAACAUUCCAAGGCCUUAUUCCUCUCAGCGGGACUGAGAUCAGGACUACAAACAUCGUGAAGAUGACGGAAGUACUCAGCAGAGGAAAGAAGGGUUUUCGGAGCUUUUUUUGUUUUGUUUACAUGACGUAACAAACUGGGACCGACAUCCCGUGGAGCCCUUUAGCUAUUUCUCAGCGAGCCAACUGUACAGAAGACUGUGGGAUGCAGAGGGUGGUGUACAGGAAAUAUACGGCACAGGAAAAGAUGUAUGACUUCUUUGGUUUGUUUGAGUUGUUCUCUCUGUGUGCUUCACAUAUUACAACAUAUUCUGUAGACGGGAUUUAAAAGGUGAAAGGUUUAGUCUCACAUGAAUGUUCGCUAAUAUUUCGGCUCCUUUCCGAGCUCAUCGAAAGGGGAAGUUAUGAGGAUUCUCUCGGCCUACAAUCAGAGACGUUCAGUGGUUUUUAUCAUGUGUGCAAAGUGUUUACUGUGCUAUUUUAAAAAGCUUUUCAAUGAAUAUAAAUCUAUACAUAUAAAACAAUAUAUAUAUAAAAAAACUAUAUACAAUUUUUUUAUUUUUUUUUCUCCAAAAAACUGUGUAACAUUGAUUUGUGCACCUCAUUCGAUCUGAUGAUUCCAAGUGCCACAAAACUGUUGAUGAAAAGUAAAGCUGCAACUAAAGCCUGGAUUAUGUUACGGUGCAGUCGCUACACCGUCACCGUCAACCAAUGUUGCCAGAUCGGAAAUUAUUGUCAUACUAGUAGUGUAAAAUGUUGGUAUUUUGAGGAAAACUAUCCGGGAUGUGAAUCUUAGAACAACACAAGGUUCAAUUUGAUUCCGAGUCGAUUCAAAAUCAAUUCUCGAUUCAACACAAUUCUCGAUUCAAGUAUAAAAAUUAUAAUAAAACCCUCUCAAAACAGGUUAGGUAGACAGAUGGAUAGAUAGUACUGUAUUGAUUCCUUCAGGAGAGUUCCCUCAGGAAAAUUAAAAUUCCAGCAGCAGUGUACAGAAUUGAGAUCGAAUUUAAAAAGUAUAAAGUAAAUAAUGGGGGUAUAAAUGGAAACAAAAUAGAAAAAUAUUACAAUAACAAUAAAAAUAAAAAUCAACAAUGAGAAUAAAAAUAUAACAGUAAAAUAAGAAUAAUAACAAGAGAAACUAGGCAGUAGUGACCAAGUUAUGAAAAAGUAUUGCACUGUUAUUGUUUUGCAUCCCCUGUCAUCUUAGUACCCCUCUCCCCCCAGAGAGGAGUUAUACAGUCUGAUGGCGUGUGGGACAAAGGAGUUUUUGAGUCUAUUAGUCCUGCACUUGGGAUGAAGCAGUCUAGCACUGAACAGGCUCCUCUGGCUACUGACAACGGUAUGCAGAGGGUGACUGGCAUCAUCCAGGAUGCUCACUAGUUUUUCCACAGUCCUCUUCUCUGCCAACGUCACCAGUGAGUCCAGUUUUAUUCCGAUCGUAGAAACGGACCGCCUGAUCAGUUUCUCCAGUCUGGAGCUGUUCUUCUUAGAUGUACUGCCCCCCCCCCAGCACACUACGGUGUAGUACAGAACACUGGCAACCACAGACUGGUAGUACAUCCACAAGAGUUUUUUACAGAUGUUGAAGGAGUGCAGCCUCCUCAGGUUAUAAAAGCUCUUCCUGCGUAUAUGCGCUGCGCGUAGAAACAAAUUCGAUCAAAAUUGUUAGAAGAAUGAAUCGCGAUUCGGAUGUGAAUACAUUUUUCCGGCACCCAUAAGAACUAUUGUACAUACCCGACUUGCUGUUGCUUGGUACCAUCUGCUACAACAAAAACAGCACCGACUGUAUGUUAUAGUUACCUUAGAAAGGCUGGUUGUUCCUUUGUUCGCAACAUAGCUCGAAAAGUUAUAGGCAGAUUUUGAUUAAACUUUCAGAAAAUGUCAGAAAUGGGAUAAGGAACACGUGAUUCCAUUUUGGGCUGAUCUGGAUUAUUUCUACGAUGUUAUGAUCGCCUCAACUUCUGUGUGACCAUGAGAAAAAGCGUCACUUUGUUUCUUUCAUUCCGCUAGCUUUACCUAACCAAAAAAAUGUGGGCAGAUUUUGAUGACACUUUCUGGAAGUGGGAUAAGUAACAAGUGAUCACAUUUAAGGGUGAUCCAGAUCAACGUCUGUAUUCAGCAUUUUUUUGUUUUACGAUCGGAAGGAGGGCCUGACAGAGGUCUGCGCCCUCUGAGUGCAGAUUGUUGUGGAUUAUAUUUAUUUUAUUUUUUGACGUAUUACUUAGUUAUUGUUUAAUUUAUAUAACUGACAUAUUUAAACUAUUAGUCCGUACAGUUUGAUUGUCACAAAAUUUUAUAAAAAAUAAAAAGGCGUUGACCAAAAAAAUGAAUUUAUCUUAAUUUUUAUAAGCACCGAUUUCAGCACUGUUUAGGCAAUGGCACCAUUUUAUCAUAUUUUUUAUGCCACAAAAUAUACUGCAAGAAUCUUUUUGAAUUGGGAGUUUUUGUAAGAUCGCCAUCCCUAACAACGACACAGGAAUAGAGAUAGGUAUGUUGACUUUUUUUUUUACUAAACUACCGUAUUUUCUGCACUAUAAGGCGCACCUAAAAACCUCCAAUUUUCUCAAAAGCUGACAGUGCGUCUUAUAAUCCAGUGCGCCUUAUAUAUGGAGCAAUAUUGGGCCACAACAGGCCCAAUAUUGGCAACUACGGGAUGCAUAAAGUAACCCCAGCCUCUACUGUAGCGUCUAUUCUAUGCGCCUUAUAAUGCGGUGCGCCUUAUAUAUGAACAACGUUUUAAAAUAGGCCAUUCAUUGAAGGUGCGCCUUAUAAUCCGGUGCGCCUUAUAGUGCGGCAAAUACGGUAGUUUAG